GUGUACAGUUGGUUGGUAUUCGAUAGUGCUGUUACUGCUGUUAUCAGUUUCUUUACGUAUAUUUUUAUCAUACGUACCUACUACCUAGUACCUAGUAUGUACCUACUUACUUGAAUUUUCAUUUCUUAUGUUGUGAUCAUUUCGGUUGUGAAUUUUGUUUUAAGUAUUAUUUUGCGAGUUUUAACUACCUACGUGUGGUAAAUCUACCGGAACUUUUAAACUCGAGUGUUUUACUGUGAAUUUUACCUUGAGGUAUUUCGUGGGUACUCGUUUCCAUUUUUAAAUUCGUGAAUAUUUCGCAUUUCAUCAGUAAUAUUUUAAACUUUUUGUGCAAAUUUAAUUUCUUUUGGAAUUUUUUGACUGAUUUUUCGUUUUUUUAUCGGAAUUUUCGAGUGUUUUUUUUGGCAUUCAUUUCCGAUUUUUUUUUUUUUUGAAUAUUUUCGUGUGCUUAAUUUUUUUUGCGUGUCAUUUUCUUCGCUUUUCCUCUCUUACCAUACAUCGUAGCUGUGUGUGAAUCGUUUCUGGUGACGUGAUCUAUCAUCGUUUCCAGGCAGUUCAUUCAAUUUUGUCAGUGGCUUAUUCAAUUUGAUUUUAGUGGAUUUGAUCAUAUUGCCGAGUUCGCAGUCAUCAUCCGAAAAUGAGUGAAAAGAGGAAAUUAUCGAGUGAAGAAUCAGACGACUCUCGCACAAGCAGGAAGAAAGCAAAUCGUAGUCGGAGACCAGAAGACCAACCACGGCUACAACUGCUGUCACCGCUACCACCGCUUAUACCACCGCUACCUGCACAGCUGUCACCGCUACCACCGCUACCACUGCUACCAGAAAGCGCUUUCGAUGAUUUUAGCGGAAACAGGGACUGGCAAGGAGCUAUACCUAUCCAAACUGAAAGGCAUGGAAUUAUUUUGCAAAAUGUCUUGCAAAAUGAGACUAUUGAUCAAAGCAAUGCUUCGGUAGUAAGUAAUUCUUUGGAACUGAAAAAGAUCGCUGAAGACUUGUCUGUAAUAAAACAUAAACUCCAAUCCGAGACUGAAGCUCGUGUAGCAGAAUACACUCAUAUUAAGGAAACAAUCAGAAGGACGCCAAACAGAAACACUUUUACAAGAUCAUUGGGAAUUGACGCGAAUUCAGUGAUGAAUGCUGGUGUAUUUUUCACCGACGAGCUACGUCAUUUUCCACAUGAAUUCAUUAAGGACUUCGAAGACUAUUUCGGCGAGAUGAAUGUAAUCGAGGCGCAUAAAGUUUUUGCAUUCAAAGGAGUCAUUUUGACAAGAACACGCGCGCAGUUCAAAGAAACUGUGAUAAAUGUCAAUUCGUAUGAUGAAAUUAAAAAACGAUUUCUCUCGUUUUAUUGGAACCUGAAAGCCCAAAAGAAGACGAUGAAAUAUUUUCGUGAUAAUGUCGUAUUUGCUGACGAUAUUAACAUAAUGGCCGCUCAGAUGCAGAGAUGGGCUAGAACCCUUAGCCAUCGAUACUUCAGCUGCGAUGAGGAGAUUGAGAUUAUAGACUUGCUUAUUGAGAGAGCUCCGAUGCGAUACCAAGAAAUGUUGUACCAUGAAGGGCAAUCGAUCGAUCUAUUCAUCCGUAGGCUUGAAGUUAUGUCGCAAAUUGACGGUGAUUUCGAAAAUGAGGUUCCUUUCGUCGUCGUACCACAGCCAAUGGAGAACGAGUAAGAAGUAAUAAUCAAAUCAAAUCAGUCUAUUACUCUUGAAGCAUUUACGUUAAAUGAAAUGUGUGGGAAAAAUCGCAAAUUGGUAGGAAUAAAAUUAAACAAUAAUAAGCACGAAAGAAAAAGUCGAAAUUUCAAAUGAAAACAUACGUAUUAGGUACUUAAAUCUGCAAUUCGGGAUUUUCAAAUUCAGGAUAAGCACAAUUGAAAAAGUGAUCAUUCGGGAUUUUGGAUUUCGGGAAAACUGUAUUUUUUUUUUAUAAUUGAAAAAUUCAAGCUUCAAUGUGGCCAUAUUAUCGACUUGAAUAAAUAAGCCAAAAAUUUUAAACCUUUCAACUUUUAAAGAUAUGAGUUCCACUACCAAAAAUUUCAUUUUUUCCCGAAUUUUUCAAAUCUUGUUUAGGAUUUAAAACUACCCUUCAACCUUCAAAUUCAGUGGUUCCAAUAAAUCUUCAAAUUUUUUUAUAAAAUGCAGUUUGUGUUUUUUUUCAACUUUUUUCAUUUUUCUGAGGGCUGAGGGUGAUUUUUAUUCAUUUAAAAUUUAACAAUAGGCCUAUAGGUAAUAAUUUCGGUUGGACGGUGGAUAAUUGAUAGAAACUGACUUUGAAAUUCAAACAAUCGUCAUCACUGAGACCCUUAUUAAUGCUUCAAAAUUUGAACAAAAAUGUGAAAAUAAUGACGUUUUUUCCAUUAUAUAUAAUUUUUUUAUUCUUUUAUCGAUGUUGACAUUUUGCCACGUUACUAUUCGAAAUAUUUUUCUUUUCAAAAAUUGGUACAAGAGUACUUUCAGCACAUUAGUCGUACAUAAUUAUUUACAUUACUUUGAUAUUUUAAGAUUUAUUUCUUUUGUUACGUAAGUAUUAAGAUUUCUAGAGUGACGUUUUUUCCAUUAUUAAGUAGAUCUGCAUAAGCUACAUAGGUAUAUAAGUUUUUUAUUCUUCUUUUCUGGAUUUUGACCUUCUGUCACGUUACUCUGACACGAUUUUUUUUUCAAAAAUUUCAAGUUAUUUCAGCACAUUACUCAUAUCAACAUUUUUCUUAGAUAUUUCAAGAUUUAUUUUUAUUUCUUUUGUUACGUAAGUGUUUAAGAUUUCUGGAGUGACGUUUUUUUCAUUAUUAUGUAUAUUAUAAGUUUUUUAUUCUUUUUUUCUGUGUUUUGACCUUCUGCCACGUUACUCUCUGAUAUACAUUUUUUUCUUUUCAAAUAUUUCAAGUCAACUGUAUCGAACAUUAUUCUUAUGUACCUAUUCACAUUACUUUAUUGAUAUUUUAAGACUUAUUUCUUUUGUUAUUCAAGAUUUCUGGAGUGACGUUUUUUCUAUUAUUAUGUAGGUACUUAAGUUUUUUAUUCUCUCUUUUUUUUUAUUUUGAUAUUUUUUGCCACGUUAUUUCGGCGCAACAUUUUUUCUUAUUACUUAGUCUUAAGAUCGUAUUUCAUUGAUUUCCAAUUAAUUGAAUACACCUUUCGUGGUAAUUGUGGUUUUCAUUUCUUUCAUUUACGUUAUUGCUUCUUUUAUCACAAUUUUUGAGUGAUAGUUAUAUGUAAGGUAGAGUGGGGUAAUUGCAAAAACGGGGUAGUUGCA